GCAGGAUCUCUCCAGGAAGCACCUGUCGGGUCUCCACCUGCAGAUCAGCAGGUACAGCCAUCCGGAGCGUCAAGAGAGGCACGCCGAGAGAGCUGGAGCAGAAGAAAUCUCGUUUUUAAACGUUUUGGCCCGAGAGCAGCGAUGGUUUGCGGCGGAUUCGUUUGCACCAAGAACGCACUCAGCGCGCUCAACAUCCUUUAUGUGCUGGUGAGCCUGCUGCUGAUUGGUGUGGCAGCCUGGGGGAAAUGGUUUGGCCUGGUCUCCAGUAUCCAGGUGGUGGCAGGGGUCAUCGGCGUGGGAGUCUUCCUGUUCUUUGUUGCCUUUGUGGGUCUGUGUGGUGCCCUGAAGCACCACCAGGUCCUGCUCUUCUUUUACAUGAUGAUCCUCUCCAUAGUGUUUGUGCUGCAGUUUUCAGUGUCCUGUGCAUGUCUGGCUCUCAAUAAAGAUCAACAGAACUUGCUGCUGGAGGCCGGAUGGAACAAAUCUGAAGACACUCAGAAGGACGUGGAGAGGACUCUAAACUGCUGCGGCUUCUCUCAAGCGAACAACAGCUCGUGUCCUGCUAUGUGCGCUACUUCCACUUCUUCAUCUUGUGUGGCCUGCGCAGACAUCCUUCAGAAUUAUGCCGGGCAGGUGCUGCAGUUUGUGGGCGGCAUCGGCCUCUUCUUCAGUUUCACAGAGGUCCUUGGAGUCUGGCUCACCCACAGAUACAGAAACCUCAAAGAUCCUCGAUCCAAUCCCAGAGCCUUCCUGUAACCGAUUGCAUGUAAAUCAACCCAAAAGUGCGCUGCUGAAUCAUUUUUCUUCUCUUUUUUUUUUGUAAACCAAAAAUAUCUCUGUGUUUGUGAGUUUUAAAAUGAGUCUGCAACUUUUGAUGCACAGUCGGGAUUAAAAUCCUGCAUCCUUUGAAAGCACAAAGCCUCACAGCUCAAAUGAUUCAAACCACUUAAGAAUAGGCACACCAUAUCAUACUCUGGCCUUACCUAAACUUUGGCUGUUUAAUAUCUCCACACUUUUAAAAUUGUACACAUUUGAAAUGAGGAAAAAAUAAUGGAUCCUGCUUUACCUUAGAUAUUAUUUGAAAGAAAAGAUGCCUGCUGUGGUUCAGCCCAGGAGCUUCUUACUGUGAGGCAACAGUUUUAACUACUGAGUCCCUGCCAUGUUUAUUACUAAUGACACAGUGAAUCAACAUGGCAUAAAAGCUCCCUGUGUAAAUGGUGCAGGCAGUAAAAUGUUGUGCAAUGUUAGAAAAGUACGAUUACAAACAAGGUUUUAAUUUUAUUAGACAUCUGUGUUAUUCAAUGCUUCACUCUCUGUAAACUGACAUUGUCACAAAGUGAUUAUGAAUUCAACUUCAUCAUUGAAUUAUUUUUUUUCAUCUUUAAAGGUUUCAGUCUUUCUUUUAUAACUGCUACUUAAAAAAAUAAGAAGAAGCAUGUUUUGUUUUUUUCACUUGUGUAUUCCUUUUCUCCUUAUUUAAUUUCUUGGAUGAAAACAUUGAUAGGACUCAUGUAUAUAAGUUGGCUUUCACUGAAACAUGUUAAUCAGCUGUGUGUUAAUCACACAUGUUAAUCAUGCACGUGCUGUUUGACGUGUGUUGGACUUUUCUCUUUGUCAGAACGUCACCAGGAUCUUUCAGGAGUUCAUCUAUAAAACUGAGUUACAAUCAACUUUGAUCUCGAGUACGACGUAAGCAACAUGCUGCUGCUCACACUUCUCUAAAUGAACUGUUUUGGGGUUUUUUUCCUGUUAUGUUUCUGUCAUCACUUUCUCACAGAUAUAUUUGAAGUCAGGAUUCUUGUCUCACUUAUGUCUCUGUUGAAGAAGAAGACCAAGUAUGAGUAGUUAUUUACUGAAAUGAAGAUAAUCGUAUGUCCUGUGAUUUUAGUAAUCCAAGCUUCUGUCGAAUGUCUUGUUGAAUGUGGGCGUGAAAAUGAUAUGUUUUUGAAGGAUGGUCAGUCAUAUACUUUUCUUUUUCGAUGCAUGGCUGUUGCUGCCAUAACAGUCACUGGUUCUGGUAUUUAUGUGAAGGCAGUCAUCAUCAAGUUAAGCUGAUUUAACACUCAUCAGGCCUCUGAUGACUCACUUACAGUUGGAGUUGGGGUUUAGGUUAAGUUAAAGUCUCCUGUUUGUUUUUUGGAAAACCAAAUGUGAAAGCUUUUAAUGGAAAAACGCUGUCAAAAUAAAUGUUUAAGACUUCAUUUGAAA